AUGCUCAACGUUAUGGAUUUCUCCUGCCCGGAUCCGCUUUACUCCAAGUACGAGGAGAGCUGUGAGAUGAAAAACGGAGACCUGCAGGGCUUGGGGCAGCCUGAGCAGCAACUUCUGGCAGAGGCUGAUUUCCUUGGAGGUGAGCUGGUGGGUGCCCCAGUGAGCGGUGGGGCCGUGGAUUACUCCCUGCUGGGCAGCCAGCCCUCUCCUUCUCUCAGCUACACCGGCAGCUUCUUUAUCAAGGCAGUCCCGGAGCAUCCCCAGGCCCAGGAAUCCCUCUUCAACCUGAUGUCAGGGAUCCUGGGCAUCUCCCCCUUCUCCUCCUCCGAGGGCCACCAAAGGCACCUGGAUGCUCUUUACCCCUGUCCCGAGGUGGGUCAGAGCCAGCUGGACCUCUACUCCACCUGCCAGCCCGAAAUGAACGGAUCCACCCCAGCGCCCUUCCCGGAGCAGGGCUAUGGUGGCUUCCCCACUGCUGAUGGGGCUCAACCCCUCCAGGCACAGCCCACCUUAGGAAACACUUCCCAGUGCUUCUUCCAGCCCAAGCUCCUGGACAACAAGCAGGACAUCAAGCUGUCCUCUGGCUCCCCACCCCUGGACAAGUUUAAAGCCUCCUGUGCCCAGUGGGAGCCUGUCACCCAGCAUCAGGCCUACUUGCCCACUGGCUACCAUUCUCCUGAUGCUUUCCCAGCUGGAGAGAGCACCCCGGGGCUGUUCCCGGCCCGCGGAGACUUCGCCGACACCAAGAUCCACAACAUCCCUCCUCCGUUAAUGCCGGACUUCGACGCCUCCUUGGCCCAGCCCGACGUCCUGCCAGGUCUGAUGAAUUCUGCCGAGCUCCUCCAUCCUCACCCCUCACCCUCUGUACCCCCGGCGGACUUUUUGGCCCACCCCACCUCUUCCUCCAUCCCUUCCCUGCUUCCUGCCAACCCUCCCACCUUGCCUGAGCCCAAGAAGAAGACGCGCCGGACCAAGUGCUCUUCCAAAUGCUUCUGCCCAAAACCCCAUGAGAAGGCUUUUGCCUGCCCGGUGGAGAACUGCAUCAGGAGCUUCGCCCGCUCAGAUGAGCUCAACAGGCACCUCCGAAUCCAUACGGGCCACAAACCCUUCCAGUGCCGCAUCUGCCUGCGGAAUUUCAGCCGCAGCGACCACCUCACCACCCACAUCCGCACCCACACAGGGGAGAAGCCCUUCUCCUGCGACACCUGCGGCCGCCGCUUUGCCCGCAGCGACGAGAAGAAGCGCCACAGCAAGGUCCACCUGAAGCAGAAAGCUCGGACUGAGGAGAAGCUCAAAGGUUUGGGCUUCUUCUCUGUGGGUCUCUCCUUUGGGACACUGUGA